GAAAUAAACCGGAGAAAAAGAGCGGAGAGAGAGAGAGAGAGAGAGAGGAGUUUAGGAGAGAGAGAGGAGAUAAGGGGGGAGCUCCAAUGGAGUUAACACAUCUCCUUCCCAAAACACCACUCCUCCUCUUCCCAAAACACCCCUCCUCCUACGCCAAAACCCUCUGCUGCAUCAGAGCUUCUCUUCCCGGAAUACCACCCCGCCCCCUCUCCAUCUCCUUCGCGGGGAGCGUCCCUCAGAGUUCGCCCUCGCACUCGAUUCGGAGCCGCUUCGCGUCGAUCUCGAGCUCCGCCGCAGCCUACCCCGGCGGCGGCGGCGGCGGCGGCGAUGGGCUCGCCGGAGGAGCCGGUGGCGGCGGCGGCGGCGGCGGCGGCGGCGGCGGAGGGGAAGGGGGAUCGGAGGGUGCGGCGGCGGAGGCGAAGGCGCUCGCCGCGGAGUCGGAUGAGGCCUCGGAUUUGCGUUCGGGUGAUGUGAUUGUUCUCCAUGUUGGGGGUAUGUCUUGCGGCGGAUGCGCAGCUAGUGUGAAGCGGAUCUUGGAGGGUCAACGCGAUGUGUCUUCUGCCACGGUCUAUCUUGAGAAGGAGACGGCGAUCGUGUUGCCUAUAGCGGAAGCAAAGGUUACUCAGGAUUGGCGACAGCAGUUGGGAGAGAAACUCGCAAACCACUUGACGACGUGCGGAUUUAAGUCUCAUCUUCAAGCUCAAGGACAUGCAACUAAAGCCGCCGACCAAUCGUGAGGAUGAUCACUGUGCAACGAAAUUUCAGCUGUACUAGCCCCUUUUUACAAUAAAGUGCGACGGAUAGAUCGCCGCUGCGGCCGUGCCGAAGGAGUUGCCGAAGGAAUUGCUGUGUUGAGCAAAACUAAUUUUCAACUAGGUACUUUAACUAUCUCAACAUAGGUGCCACUCUUUCUUUACGUAUCUUAUUGGUCUUAAGCCUCCACACUCUGUGGAUGGACUUUGUGAACCUACAUAUUUCGACCACAAGCAGAAUCUGAUUGUAACUUCUCUACUUUGUUCCUUUUUCUAUUUUUAUAUGCAUCAGGUACUAAGUUGGUUUGUGAAAGUUUGUCAUAUACUUGUGUGUAGCAAAAUUUAGCGAUGUA